AUGCGGUGUCAAGUUGCCACUUCGCCCUUUUUCACGAUUGCUUCACUCACUGCUCCACUUCACGCCGGCUCUCGUUGCCAAGUCAUGAGGUCUACCUUAUCAGUCGCCUGUUCGUUGGGCUUCGCCUCGUUUAUGCCUUCCUUGCGUCGUUUUCCAAAAACGCCAAGACUCUUCUGCCAGAUUCGGCCCGUGGACCGGCUAAGCAGCUCUGCCUUUUUUCGCCCAAUCCUGGCCUCCCUCGGCCAGGCCAAACGCCGCACAAAUCGCCACCCCAGAGCCCAACAAAUACACACAAGUCUGGCCUAUCCGUUCUUUCAUCACAUCUUUAGUCAGACUGUACCACAUCGUCGCAACAAACCUCUACACCAGCAGUUGGGCGGCCUCACCUGCGGCCGGAGAGAAGAUUUGGUAAUUGAGUCAGUGCCUAGAGUCAGUCGUGCAUGA